GCAGUAAAACAUGUCAGAAUAAUUGUCAAGUUUCUUCUGUGGACGUUUCUGGGUUGUUUUUGUUUUUUAAUCUUGGUUCGCAUUUGCUUGACACUUCAGUUGUUUUUGCUACCAACACCACAGACUCAGUAUUUCAACCAAUUACUGAAUUAGAUCGAGAUCUACCUUAAAUAUGGCUUCUGAACUUCAGUAUAUGUCAGGCUUUGGCAAUGAAUUUGCUAGUGAAGAUAGCAGAUGUCCAGGAGCUCUUCCAGUGGGUCAGAAUAAUCCUCAGAAGUGUGCUUAUGGUCUGUAUGCAGAGCAGUUGUCAGGUUCAGCAUUCACUGCUCCUCGUAAUGAGAAUGAACGAACGUGGCUUUAUCGAAUUCGUCCAUCAGUCAUUCAUAAGCCCUUUAAGAAAAUCAGUUCUGGAUUAGUUACUCAUAACUGGGAUGCUGUGGAUCCUAAUCCCAACCAGUUGCGGUGGCAGCCUUUUGAUUUUCCGAAAUCUCAGCAAGAUUUUUCUGAGGGAAUCGCUACUAUUUGUGGUGCAGGUGACCCUAAAUCUAGACAUGGCAUAGCUGUUCACAUCUUCACCUGCAAUAAACCAAUGGGGAAUAAGUGCUUUUACAACUCUGAUGGAGAUUUUUUAAUUGUUCCCCAACAUGGAGCAUUAUUUAUUAGAACUGAAAUGGGAAGAAUGAAUGUUGCACCCAAUGAAAUCUGUGUCAUUCAGCGUGGAAUUAGAUUUAGUGUUAAUGUUGAAGAAAAUACUCGUGGCUACAUCUUAGAAGUAUUUUCUGAUCACUUUCAGUUGCCAAAUCUUGGACCAAUUGGUGCAAAUGGCCUUGCAAAUCCCCGUGAUUUUUUAACACCAGUUGCUUGGUUUGAAGACAAAGAGGUGGAGUUUACUGUAGUCAAUAAAUAUCAUGGGCAUUUGUUUGAAGCAACUCAGGGACACUCACCUUUUGAUGUUGUAGCAUGGCAUGGCAAUUAUGCACCAUACAAAUAUGACCUUAGUAAAUUCAUGGUUAUCAACUGUGUUGCAUUUGAUCAUGCUGAUCCUUCAAUCUUCACUGUGCUGACCUGUCCUUCUCUAAAGCCAGGAACAGCUGUGGCUGACUUUGUGAUAUUUCCACCUCGUUGGUCAGUUCAGGAGCAUACUUUCAGGCCUCCAUAUUAUCACAGGAACUGUAUGAGUGAAUUUAUGGGAUUAAUUUAUGGAAACUAUGAAGCUAAGGAGGAAGGCUUUAAACCAGGUGGUGGUAGCCUUCAUAGCAUAAUGACACCUCAUGGGCCUGACUUUGAUUGCUUUGAGAAAGCAUCCAAUGCUAAAUUAGAGCCUCAGAAAAUAGCAGAGGGAACUAUGGCGUUUAUGUUUGAAUCCUCUCUGAGUAUGGCUGUGACUGAAUGGGCUAACACUACAAAGGUGGACUCUGACUAUUAUCAGUGCUGGCAACCUUUGCUGAAACAUUUUGCUCUACCCAACAUUGAAGGAACUAAAAAAUGAAGAUGGAAAAAACAAGAAAUAAAAAAAAAGCCUUUUUGCUAAGUGGACAGAAAAUAUUAUAUUCAGGUCUAUAUUGAUAAAAUAUAUUCUGUUUUGGGUGAGGUCAAUAUUUUUAUUAUCGAAAGUAAUUUUUCAUAUGCUUAUUUGUUGAUGUUUUUUGUUACAUAUUUUGUUUAUGCUGAACUAUGGAAUUAGUACAUAAAUUUGAUGAAAUAUUGUAGGUUAUAUUAAAAUUGUUACAACAAAAUUGUAGCAGCUGAGAUUAUUCAUUUCAUUUUGAUUAGAUAGUUGAUACUUUAAAUAUGAAUUGCCUAUAUGAAGCUAAUGACUUUAUUCUCUAAAUUGUUUUUUUUAUAAACAAUUCUGUUUGACAAGUUUUAAUUUCAAACAAUUAAUAAAAGUUAUGGCUUAGUAAUUAUUCACAUUUGUAGGGGAGGAGGAUCAGUUUGGGAUGGGAGACCAUUCACCAAAACAUAGUCACUUGAUAUUCAUUGAUAAAACAACGAAAAAAAACUGUCACAUGACCAUUGUUGAUUCAAUUUAGGUCGUAAAAAAUAUAGAAGUGUUAGGCAAGCACGUAGCUCAAUGUUGUUUGUUUACGAUUGGUGAAUGAGGUCCAUUCAAAAAUAAAACUUAGAUUUCGAUAAUAUGAUCAAAUAUGUUUUAAAAAAUAUGAUAUCAAUAACAUAAAAGACUUUUUUUUUCUUCAAAGAAACUUCUAAUGAAGCUCAUAAUUGUAUGUGAAAAUAUAUAUUCUAUCCUUGAUUUUAUUUCCAGUUAUUUAAUAAUCUCAGAAUAUUUGCAUUUAAUGUAUAUAGUUUGAAUCAAUAGUAAUUUCUUGUAUCAUAAACAUUAAAUUUUUUUUUUUGUUUGGAAAAUGUUGGAUACAUUUACAAAUUUAUGCAUUAAAUCUAUUUUCCUGAUCUUUUUACAUUUACAUGUGGCACUAGUUUUAUUUAAACAUUUUUAAGUUUUUGUAUCUUUUGAUCAUUGUUUGGAUAGAGAGACUUUGUAUUUAUAUAUUGUACUAAUAUAUACUUUUGAUCUAAUAUAUACUACUGUUUUCUGCUGAAUAGCUGGUUAUAGUUCAGCUUUUAAAAUUUUUUUUUUUAUUAAAUUGCUCAAAAGAAACUUGUAUAACAAGUGCCUUAAUAUUUGUUUUGUUAUUGCAGUAUUUCAAUGAGAAUCCCUUUUUUUUUUUUUAAAUGAAAGAAUAUAGUUGUGUCAUUGAUUUGAUCAAUGACCAUUCAAUGUAGUCUAAAUAGGUCUCAAUGUGAAUAAAAUCAAUAUGGCUACUCAACAGUAACA